GUAAAUAAUAAUAAAUAUUAGACCCUUGCAUUGUAAACUUCUUUCUCCCUUUUUGAAUCCCAUAAUUAAUGAUAUAUAGUUAGUAAUGUUGAUCAAGCUUUCACAGUUUUUUCCCAGAAGAAAAUAUUGCAGUACACUAUGAGCUGUUAUGAAAUUAGUAAAUCUUCGCUUUUAAGUCUUAAAGCAGAAAUACUAAGAAAAGAAGAAGAUCUAAGUAAAGCGAAGGCAGAAAAUAAUGAGAAAAUUAAAACAAUUAAUAAAAAGUCUUUGGAGCUUAAGAACAAAGGAGUUGAUAAAAGAGAGCUUAAUGAUAUUAGCGAAGAAGAUCCCGAUCUGUUGAGACUAUCCAGAUCAAAAUUGGAAGCCAAAUCAAAACUAUACGACAAACUUUCAAAAGAUACAUCAUCUCAAAAUGAAGAAACAAAACGAUUAUUCUUAGUACAGUUUGAUAAAAAAGAAAGAAGUUUUAAUCAAGAUGUUGAAGAACCUGCAGAUCUACCAGAAGAAAGCGAUGAAGAGGAAAAUGCUUCAUUCGACUAUGAUGAUGAUAACGUUAAUCCAGAUGAAGAGUGGGUAGAGUAUACAGACUCUUUAGGCCGAUCCAGAAAAUGUUUGCGUAAAGACCUUAAAUACUUUAAGUCGCAAGAUGCCGAUUUAAAAGGCUUAGCGGAAGAAAGACAACAAACUGCCCCACAAGUUGAGAACAGAGUUGCAGAAGACAAAGAAAUAGAAGAAAAGCGUCCUGAAGAUCACGAAAAAGAGAUGUUAUCAGGGGAUAUGAGGAGAGAAAUGUUAAGGCAGCAGUGGGAAAAGGAAGAGAUGGAGCUACAGGAUAGACCAGAUAUUCAUUACCAAAAUGUUCUCUUUGAUGAGGCCAGGCAACAUGGUGUAGGAUACUAUGCAUUUUCAAAAGACGAAGAGGAAAGAGCAAAACAACAAGAAGCCUUGAAAACGCUUAGAUUGGAAACCGAGCGACAACAGAAGAAGUCGCAAGACUUAAAAGCCGUCAGAGAAAAACAAAUGGCCGCCAGAAUGAAAGCCGCGAGAAACAGGAAAAGAAUUAGACUAGGUUUACCUCCGGAAGAAGAUGAGCCUGAAAAAUCAGAACCCAAUGAAAACCCCAAAGAAACUUCAGCCCCCGAAGAAAAUGAAAUGGAAAAACUCUUGUCAGAAGCGCGAAAACGCCAUAUUAGACCGUGGGACAUUGGAAAGGAAGGCGUCCCGAAGUAUCCUAAAUCAGAGUUCUACCAAAUGAGCCAAGAAGAAUGGAACGAGAAAAAACGGGAAGAGAGACCCAAAGCUUUCGCGCCGCCUUCAUCUUAUGACAAAAGAGAGUUUAGCAGCACAAAAAAGAUUGAGGAUGACCUCAUGGAAUCUUCCGACAAAUCGCUUAAAUUCUCUAGUAGACCUCGUAAUAACACCGGAAAGAAAGAAAAACUUCAUAAUUUAAAUCCAUACAAAAAGAACCACGAACCGUCGACUUCACAUACAAGUCCAAUACAAGAACUGAACACCCCUAGAUACAAACCGUCACCAAUAGUAAACGAAAUUGAGAGCGAUGAUGAUUUUGAUGACGCGUUAUUGGCAGAUUAUCAACAAAUUAGGCAAAAUGUUGUUUCGGAAGAGGUUAAUGAAUCAAGGGGUAGAGGAAUUGAAAUACCUCCUCCUUCAACGUUUGACUACUUUGGGCCAGGAGAGCAGAAAAGACCGCAAAGGACGGACGGAAUUAAUAUUGAAGCGUCUAUUGAAGCUGGAUUAAAGUUUUUGAGAGGUCAAUCGGAAGGAAGGAACAAAUAGUUUAGUGUGACGAAUUACCUUUAGAUUGAAAGGUUAAAUUUUCAAAAUAUAUCAAGUUGAUAUUGUAGCUUGGUGGCGUACGAUUUAGAUGUUAUUGUUUGCCGGUUUCUGUAGGCGAAGUUUCGACAUUUCAGAGCCAGCAUAGGUUUUAUGCACAAAAAACAAAAUACGUAAAUGUAAGGCACCAAAAACAUCUUUUCUACAUGAAAUUCACAACAUAAAUCUAGAAAUAUAAA